CCAUUUUCUUCCCCCAUUCAUAAAAUUCAAAACAUUUUUUUUUUCCUUCAAACUUCAAAACUUUUCAUAUUUUCUCCAAAUGGGUAACAGUUUAAGAUGCUGUUUAGCUUGUGUUCUUCCUUGUGGAGCUUUAGAUUUGAUCCGAAUCGUCCAUUUAAACGGCCACGUCGAAGAAAUUGCUCAUCCGAUCACCGCCGGCGACGUCCUAAAAGCCAACCCAAAUCACGUUCUUAGUAAGCCUUCUUCACAAGGAGUUGUUCGCCGGAUUCUGAUCCUCUCCCCUGAAUCUGAGCUCAAAAGGGGAAGUAUCUAUUUCUUGAUUCCCUCCACUUCUCUGCCGGAGAAGAAAAGAAACGCUGCAACCACCCUUAAGACUCCUUCAAGAAAAGUAAAAAAUUGCACCGUCGCCGCCGUGCCCACCACCGCUGACACUGACUCUUACCUCUCCGAUGUUGUCUCCGACAAAAAACCGUCGCGGCGAGAACGACGCGGCAGCCGGGUUAUCGUAUGGCGGCCCCAUUUAGAGAGCAUUUCUGAAGACUAAACAAAUUAUACUUAACAUAUAAAAAUUUCAUUUUUGCCGACGCCGGAAUCUGAAUUUCCGGCCGGAAGCGGAGGGGUAAUUUGGGUUUUUUUCCACUUUUUUUACUGGGGGGUAAGUUUGUUAUUAAUCAUCCAGUUUUUUUUUUUUUUUUUCCGAGUUGUGAAAUCUUGAAAAGAAAAAGAGAAGACUCGGGAUUUUUACCAUUCGUUUUGAAGCGGUAAAAAAGAAAAGGAUCUGUUUAAUUUUCUCAUGGUAAAUUUGGAAGUAAAAAACAAAGAAACCAUGAGAUUUGAGAAGAAAACGUUUGGGAUUUGUAUCUACAGUGUCAUUUUAAGUUGUAAAGUGAAUAUAUAGUUUUUUCUAUCCCUAUUUAUCUUUUUUUUU